AUGGCGGGUCCCAGAGAUUCAGCGCAGUCAAAGCCUCGGAAGAAGCCAGGUAGAGUGCCGACUUCGUGUGCUGAAUGCCGUCGUCUCAAGCUUCGUUGUGAUCGUAGUGUUCCAUGCGAGAAAUGUGUUUCGCGGGGAUGUGGGUCAAUAUGUCCAGACGGUGCGCUGACGCCUGGCAAAGGCAACAGACUUAUCCUUGCGAACACCGAAGAACUGCACGACCGGAUCGACACACUAUGUGCGCGGAUCCGCGAGCUUGAAGACGCAUUGCGGACCCUCCAAGCAUCCGUAUCCACUACCCCCCACCCGCUCCUCAGCAAUGACCUCCUCUCAGCUCGCUCACCUCAGCAGCCGAAGGACGCGCCCGCGCCCCCCGCCACCACAUCACCCGCCGUCGACGCGUCGCACGUAGAGGAAGAGAGCAUGAUCGAUGCGUUUGGUAUGGACGACAACACUCUGACAAUGGUCAGCAAAGCUUAUGUCUCGGUAGGGACAUUGACCAUAGGUCCGCGCGGGGAGGCAAACUUCCUCGGGCAAACUGCGCGGUCUGAGUAUCUUAUUCGGGCUUCAUCAGGACAGUCCCUACCCCAAGUCCGGCUGCCCCAAUCACGGCUGUCAACCCGCGUGGUCAACGCUGGCUGUCCGGAGGGAGAUCUUAGUGGGAACACAGAACUAUUCCAAGAUAUCAUCGAACACAUUCCGCCUCGCGCGGAAUCAGAGCGUCUCGUUGAGGUGUAUUUGGAAUUCGGCAAGAUUCUAUUCGGGCCUCUCCUUCGCAGAGAUAUCGAUGAGGAGGUACUGGGUGUGGUAUAUUCUCCCGAGUCGUUUGAUGGUUCUCAAGUCCAUCAUGCGAUCGCGCUUCUCUUUGCCAUUCUCUCUAUCGCCGUCCUGUUUGAUCCCAACCGGCCGCCGUAUUCGCCGGACGCCCACGAAUACUUCCUUCUCUCUCGUGCAGCCUUGAAUCUCUCUCCGCCCACCUUCCAUACUACAUUAAACUCAAUACUCACCCUCACCCACCUCGCCGAGUUUCUUGACUUACACGAUUGGGAAUUUGUGGGUUCCAUGCAAGGAUGGGUAUACCUGGGCUAUGCGUUUCGAUUAGCGUAUGGUAUUGGCUUGCAUCUCAACGGCGCUAGGUGGCACCUCAGUGAUCAAAUGGUCGAACGUCGUAGUCGUGUAUUCUGGCAAUUGUUGUCGCGGGAUACGUGGAUGAGUUUCAGUUUCGGCCGUCCCUCAAGUAUCACACUAGCCCAUGUCGACUGCGAAUUCCCCAAAGACAGCGAGGAGGUGGUCAACAGCCAGGGGCAGGCCGAGAUGGGAUUUCACCCUUGGUGCUGGCGCUAUUCUGCAUUACUGCAGAGCGUGAUCAGUACGGCUUUUGUACCGAAGCCACCGCCGUAUGCGACCAUCCUCGAACUCGACCGCAAAAUCCGUGACUUCCCAAUACCAUCCCACCUUCGGCCUGCGUGCGUCACUCCAGAUCAAAUCGUUGGCCCCGCAUUCGAUGCCCAGCGGUGGUUCGUCCUCUGCGCUAAGGAGACUGUCCUCCUAAAUCUCCAUCGAGGGUACUUCGCGCAGGCUCUGCAGGAGCAACCGCUUGACUAUUUGAAGCACCGUUACGGCCCUUCGAUGCUGGCGACCUAUCGCUCAGCCUGGAGGCUCAUAGAAACGGUGAUCAUGUCGUACAACGUGAAUAACCUGAUCAUGAGCCGCGUAGCACUGGCGUGGUCACAAGCGCUCUCCGCUUCGAUCGUGAUGUGUCUGCUAGUCACCCGAGCGCCGAGUUCUAACCUGACAGCAAGCGCAUUGGAGGAACUCGAUAGGGCGCUUGCCCUGUUUGAAAAAGCAGCACCAACAUGUAAAACUGCCUCACUUAAUGUCGACGCAAUGCGCACAUUACGCCACAAAGCGCACGAAGCCGUCAACAGGACCGACCCAUCUGCGCCAAUCUCACCUAUGACCCCUGCUGAGCUUGACCGUAUCGGCGGCAAGACACAUCUCCUCUCCACUGUCACUGUCACUACCGCUACCGCUACCAUCUCCUCAAGCGGUCCCUCACGCUGCAGCUCCGCCACCCUCACAGACGUCUGUAGCAUGGAUCAUCUCUUCGCUGGCAUAAACAUGCAUCCUACCAUCGCGCAAGAUCUUCGUAACUUAGACAUCGGUGCGCCGCUGUUCAACCGGAUGACGGACCUCCCGCCGAACUUCCUGGUGUCCGCGUCUUCACCGAUGGAUGCGGAGCUCACCCAGAGCGUCGGCCAGCCGCAGCCGAUCCCGGAUGUAGAGUUCCUGGACUUCUUUAGGGGUGGCAUGGGCGGCCCGAAUGCUAAUGCCAAUGCCUUUGGAGGUGGAAGUGGUUCGCUGCCAGGUGUGCCUGGGAUGAAUGUGCUGAGUGGGUAUCCCGUAGCGCCGUCGUACCCCCCGGGGUCGCCGCCGAAUACGCCUGUACCACCUACGCUGGAUGCCGCCUGGCAGAGUCUUGUUGAGCAUUUGGGGUUCUCGUAG